UAAACCAAACUCAAUUCCUCCAAGUUCUUCAAGAAAAAAAAUUAGUAGUUGAAAGUCAAGAAUACCAAGUGGAAAAAAUUGAUAAACUAAAAAUUAGUUUUUAUCCGCAAACCGUCAAUUUUAAAGGGGUUUUAGUUAUUCCCCAAGAGGGAAGCUAUUUAAAACUUGAUUUUUCAGCUAACGCUUCUUCGGAUUAUUACCAUCAAUAUUUAUCUGACCCUCUCCAAGGAAUUUCCAAACGAAUUGCCCAAAGAAAGAACCAAAUAAAACAAACCGGGUCAACUCAGGAAACAGAAACCCCCGCCGAGGAAGAAGAUAAAAAUUAUCGCCAACGAUUAGAGAGCGAACCCUUUCCGCCCCAAAUUAAAAAAAAAAUCCUAAAAGAAGUCCGUAAACUUGAUAGAAUGCAUCCAUGGGGAAGCAAUCGGGAUGUUCAAGAAGAAUAUAUUGAAAAAUUAAUGUCUUUGCCUUGGUGGCAAACUACCACAGAAAAUAAAGACUUAGCCGCGGCUCAAACUGAACUAGAUAAGGCCGGCAAAAAACAAUCCCAAGUAAUUUGUUUAGUUGGUCCUCCGGGAACUGGUAAAACUUCUUUAGGUCAAUCCAUUGCAAAAGCAACCGGAAGAAAAUUUGUAAAAAUCUCGGUUGGGGGAGUUCAUGAUGAAAGCGAAAUCCGAGGUCAUCGGAAAACUUAUAUUGGAGCUAUGCCAGGCAGAAUUCUCCAAGGCAUGAGUCAGUCCAGGGUAGUUAAUCCUUUGUUCUUAAUUGAUGAAAUAGAUAAAGUUAUCGAUAAUGUCACUGGCCACCAUGGUAAUCCGACGGCAGCUCUAUUAGAAGUUUUAGACCCCGAGCAAAACGAAAAGUUUAAUGACAAUUAUUUAGGGCAGGAUUUUCCUUAUGAUUUAUCUAAAGUAAUGUUUAUUUGCACCGCUAAUAAUUUAGAAAACAUUCCCAAUCCUUUGCGGGAUCGUAUGGAUAUAAUUCAAUUACCUCCUUAUACUACUAUUGACAAAGUUCAAAUUGCCAAAAAUCAUUCCAUUCCGAAAAUUUUAGCUAAGUAUGAAUUAGAAAAAGAUCAAUUAACUUUCACUGAUGAAGCAAUCGAAGAAAUUAUUAAUUUUUAUGUUCAUUCUGGUGGUGUGAGAACACAAGAAAGAAUCUUUAGUCGAAUUGCUGAUAAAUUUGCUGUAAAGCAAAUCAAAGAUAAUUUAAAAAGUGAAAAAAUUGAUUUAGCCAAAGUACGAGAAUAUUUAGGAUUCCGAACAACUGAACGAGAUAACUUGGUGGAUUAUGAUGAACCAGGAAUAGAAAAACUAUGCAAGAAUCUGCCCAAGGGUGGAAUUCCCAAAGAUGGUCCUAGCGCAGGAAUUACUUUAACUACGGCUAUUAUCUCUGCCUUGACAAAAAAAAUCAUUCCUCAAUAUAUUGCUAUGACCGGAGAAAUUACUUCCAAAGGAAAAGUUUCCGCUAUUGGUGGACUACGAGAGAAGAUAACUGCCGCUUACGAAUAUAAAUUAAAAACCAUUUUUAUCCCGUGGGGAAAUAAAAACCACCUAAAUGACUUUCCCUCCCAAGUUAAAGACAAGUUAGAAAUCAUACCAGUGGAUAAUUAUUUACAAAUCUGA